CUCUAGAAAUAUCGACAUGGCAUUGCCACGUCAAGAGGCCACGGUGGAGGAUCCCAUUUCCCCCCGACGACUGUUUGCAUAGCUCGACUCACCGAACUACUGGUGCCAACGAGUAAAACGUCAUCGUUUUAGCUCAAACGACGUCGUUGCUGAAGCCAGAAGCUGACCCCUGUUAAAUCCACUUCAUCGUCUACUCCAUCUCCGUUUCGACUCUAAUUCAACUUCCAGAACAGCGAAAUCGAAACCCUAGAACGCGCACAAGGAUAUUCGAAAAUGGCUGCCGACGAUAUUCCACUGGACGACAAAGCGAAGAGAAUGAGAGAUCUGCUAUCGAGCUUCUACGCUCCAGAUCCUUCAACGGCCUCGAAUACUUCUUCCAAGUACGUUUCGCUAGACGCCAUCAACACGACUUCCUUCGAUGCCGAUCAGUACAUGAAUCUUCUGGCACAAAAAUCAAAUUUGGAAGGACUUCUUCAAAGACAUGUUGAAAUGGCAGCUGAGAUAAAAAAUCUUGACACUGACUUGCAGAUGUUAGUGUAUGAAAAUUACAACAAGUUUAUCAGUGCCACUGAGACAAUUAAAAGGAUGAAAAAUAACAUCGUAGGCAUGGAAGCAAAUAUGGAACAGCUGCUUAAGAAGAUAAUGUCUGUUCAAUCUAGAAGUGAUGGGGUUAAUACCUCUCUUUUUGAGAAAAGAGAACAUAUAGAGAAAUUGCAUCGAACACGAAAUCUUCUUCGGAAAGUUCAGUUCAUAUAUGAUCUACCUACUAGGCUUGGAAAAUGUAUUAAAUCCGAAGCUUAUGCUGAUGCAGUCAGGUUUUAUACUGGAGCCAUGCCGAUUUUUGAGGCAUAUGGGGACUCAUCAUUCCAGGAUUGUAAGAGAGCAUCUGAAGAAGCAAUGUCUAUUAUCAUAAAAAACUUGCAGGAAAAGGUAUGCUUAGACUCUGAAUCUGUGCAAGUAAGAGCUGAGGCUGUGGUGCUUCUUAAGCAGUUGAAUUUUCAGGUGGACAGCUUGAAGGCAAAGCUACUUGAAACUUUGGAAAAAUACCUUAUAACCCUUCAGCUUAACUCUAGAGCAAUAAGCACCACUUCUCUAGAUUCUGAUGAACCUUCCAAACAAGGAAGUUCUUCUGAUGCACUUCCUGGAACUGCACAUGAAGCUUCUACCCGUGAGUUUGUGGAGGCUGUCCAUGCUUAUCGAUUAAUAUUUCCUGAUUCAGAAGAUCAACUAAUCAAACUUGCACAAGAUCUGGUUACCAAGCAUUUUGAAUCCACUCAGCAACAAAUAAGGAAGCAGAUUAGUUCAUCUGAUCUACUUGGAAUCCUUCGAGUUAUUUGGACAGAUGUGCUUCUGAUGGAAGAAGUUUUACCUGAGGCCGCUCUCUCUGAUUUUUCUCUGGAGGCUGCCCAUGUUGCUGUUAAACAGUAUGUUGCUAGCACGUUUUCUAAUCUCCUACUCAAUGUCUCAGAUGCCCUUACAAAGGUCCAAACUAAACAAAAGGAAGGGGCCGGAGAAGAACAUCCUUUGCAGGUUUCACUGGAGGGAAGCAAGAAGGCAGUAAUUCAAGGCAGCAUGGCCAUCUUACUGGACUUCCGUCAGCUUCUUGAUGACAACCUAGGACUGCUGGUGAAACUGAGAGACUUCAUUAUUGAUUGGGUUCAAGAAGGAUUUCAAGACUUUUUCGGAAGUCUCAAUGACCAAUUUCUGUCACUUUCCGGAAAAAAUCAUUCAAUUAGUGAACAUCAGGGUUUGACAGAGGGAACACAAGGGGAAAAGUUUCUUGCAGGCCUUGUUCUUGUACUCGCUCAGCUCUCUGUUUUCAUCGAACAAAGUGCUAUCCCAAGAAUUACCGAGGAAAUAGCAGCUUCCUUUUCUGGUGGUGGUGUUCGAGGCUAUGAAAAUGGUCCUGCCUUUGUUCCUGGAGAAAUUUGUCGAAUAUUUCGAUCAGCCGGUGAAAAGUUCCUGCACCUUUAUAUAAAUAUGAGGACUCAAAAAAUAUCAGUUCUUUUGAGGAAGAGGUUCACAACCCCAAACUGGGUGAAGCACAAGGAGCCCAGAGAAGUCCAUAUGUUUGUCGAUUUGUUUCUUCAAGAGUUGGAAGCAAUAAGAACUGAAGUAAAGCAGAUUUUACCCCAAGGACUCCACCGAAAACAUCACCGGACUGAUAGCAAUGGGAGCACAACCUCAUCACGUAGUAAUCCAUUAAGAGAUGAUAAAAUAACCAGGUCAAAUACCCAAAGGGCCCGGAGCCAGCUUCUGGAAAGCCAUCUAGCAAAGUUGUUUAAGCAAAAAAUGGAGAUUUUUACAAAAGUUGAAUACACACAGGAGUCAGUUGUAACAACUGUCGUAAAGCUUUGUCUCAAGAGUUUGCAUGAAUUUGUCAGACUUCAAACUUUUAACCGGAGUGGAUUGCAGCAAAUUCAGUUGGAUAUUCAGUUCCUGAGAGUUCCUUUGAAGGAAAUUGUUGAAGACGAAGCUGCCAUUGACUUCCUGCUGGAUGAGGUGAUUGUUUCUGCUGCUGAGCGAUGUCUGGACCCUAUUCCCCUGGAGCCCCCUAUCUUGGACAAACUUAUACAAGCAAAGUUGGCAAAAACAAAGGAACAGACUGCAGUUUCUUCAUAAAACGUGGAAGAUUCAGAUGAACUAUUUGAAGCUUUGUGUGGGUCACAUAUGGUUACAGAUCACCUGAGGAUGUUUCUACAAACCUCUAAUUCCUCCUACAAUUGAUUAAUCAUACAGCUGGGAAAUUUGAGAUACAUCUGUUGGCUCUCUCAGGGUCAAGUCCUCAAACUUGUGUCCAGAAAGCUGUAACUUUGCUGAAACAUUAUUUUCUUCAGUUAUUUGAGUGUCUUAUUACAGGCAUCAGCUCCGCUGGCCUGGUACUGAUUGUGUCCUGCUGGCCUAUACUGAUUAGUGCAUUAUCAUAUACUGAUUGUAUCUCCAUGCAUGGGCCAGGACAAUGCCAGCGCCUCCUAGGCUCCAAGCUGAUGAACUUAUCUGUAUUUGGAAUUGCAUGUCCGAUGAUAAUGAGGACACAUCACAUAGCUUUUCUAUUAUUGUUAUUUCAAUGUACUAACAGUGGUUUUUUCGUUGUACUGUGGUCAAUGGCAUAGAGAUUGGCUUCGGAUCU